UUGAGGGUGACGCUGGUGCAAGCGACCAACCUGCCGAGGAUGGACCUGAUCUCGGGCUGUGACCCCUACUGCGUGCUCUUCGUCAACGCGUGCUCGGGGCUGUCGACGUUUGCGUCGGAGGUGAAAAACAAGAACGUGAACCCUGUGUGGGAUCAGAAGUUCGAGUGGAAGAUGACCAGGCAGACCAAGGUGCUCAGCGUCACUCUGUGGGACAAGGAC